AUGGCAAACAUAAUCUCGUUCUGCCUCACCAAAGACUUGGGUGAAGAACCAGGUCUUCACAUAUCUUCUAACAAGCAGCAGAACGAAGCCCAUCUAGAUCUUGGGUGGAAUCUGGUUCUGGAAGCAAAUACCUCUACAAAGAAAGUGUACUUCCGGGAUUCUGAUAAAAGUUUGGGAGAUGCCUGGGGACAACCAAAUAGAUUAGGUCCCUUGGAUAACAUUGCAAAGGAGCUGGGUUCACAUUUACUUCAGACUCUGGAUGGCUUUGUUUUUGUGGUAGCGUCUGAUGGCAAAAUAAUGUAUAUCUCAGAAACAGCUUCUGUUCAUCUAGGUUUAUCCCAGGUAGAACUAACUGGUAAUAGCAUUUAUGAAUAUAUACAUCCAUCAGAUCAUGAUGAAAUGACAGCCAUUUUAACAGCUCACCAACCACUUCAUCCCCAUAUUUUACAAGAAUAUGAAAUAGAGAGAUCUUUUUUCCUGCGAAUGAAGUGUGUCUUGGCCAAGCGAAAUGCAGGAUUAACAAGUAGUGGUUACAAGGUGAUCCAUUGCAGUGGCUACUUGAAAAUUCGGCAAUAUAUGCUGGAUAUAUCUUUGUACGACACCUGUUACCAAAUUGUGGGGUUGGUUGCUGUAGGCCAAUCACUACCGCCAAGUGCAAUUACUGAGAUCAAACUUCAUAGUAAUAUGUUUAUGUUCAGAGCAAGCCUGGACUUAAAGCUUAUCUUUCUGGAUUCCAGAGUCACUGAAUUAACUGGAUAUGAGCCCCAAGAUUUGAUAGAGAAAACUCUUUACCACCAUGUGCAUGGAUGUGAUGUGUUUCAUUUACGAUAUGCUCACCACCUUUUGUUGGUGAAAGGACAAGUCACAACCAAGUACUAUCGGUUGUUGUCAAAAAAUGGUGGCUGGGUUUGGGUCCAGAGCUAUGCCACUAUUGUACAUAAUAGCCGCUCAUCAAGACCUCACUGCAUAGUGAGUGUCAAUUAUGUCCUAACAGAUAUAGAAUAUAAGGAACUUCCAUUGUCACUGGACCAAAUUGCCGUUUCUAAAUCACAAUUUUCAUGCAGAAAUUUGAUGUCUACCUCACAAGAAACAAGAAAAGCAACAAAACCUAGGAGUAAUAAAAUGAAGAUGAAACUCAGACCAACUCCUUAUCCACAGCAGCAAUACGGUUCCUUCCAGACAGAGAAGCUGGAAUGUGGCCAAGUUGGAAGUUGGAGAUCCAGCUCCGUAGCAAACUCUGCCACCAUCCAAGAACAAGCCUUUCAUUCAGAAAACAGUGAACUUUUAUACACCGCACCGUACAGCUUACCUUUCUCAUAUCAUUAUGGGCACUUCCCCGUAGACUCUCAUGUAUUCAGUAGCAAAAAACAAAUGCUGCCUUCUAAAUUUGGCCAACCUCAAGGAACACCUUGUGAAGUAGCACGGUUCUUCUUAAGUACAUUGCAGACAAGUGGAGAGUGCCAAUGGCACUACACCAAUUCUCUUGUUCCAGGGAGUCAAUCACCAUGUAAAAGUCCUGAUCAGUCAGCAUGUAAUGUACGCCAUAAUCUCUUACAAAAUUAUGAAGUGCCACUACCACAUAGACGAUACAACUAUGAAAGUACCUCUGAAGGUUUUACAAGUUGUGCUAGCUUGACACCCAAUAGCAAAUACAAAGAAGAAAUCUAUGAUUCUGGCAUUAUAAAACACAGCAAAACAGAAAGCAGAAUUUGUCCAGCACACCAUCUCAUUAAAGAAGAAAAUAAAGUAGUUUUCAACAGAGACUUGCAAGAAAAAAACAGCAUUAGUGAAAAGGCCUUUUCAAAUUCCUCCAAUUCCUUUUUAUCAAAAUCAGAAUCUUUCCAAAAUAAAUCAAUUGGACAGUUAAGUCACUUUGUCCCGGUUCCUACAGUAUAUGAACAAGCAAGAAGAAUUUAUAUGAAAGAACCAAAAUAUGAAAAUAUUGCUAAUCAUGCUACAAAUUUAAGUGAGCUGGAAUCUGAGGACAGAAUGAUUGCAAAGCUUGACAGUGACCCUGAAAACGACCAUACAGUGGAUGUAAGACAUGCAGGACAGGUUCCGCUUGUCUUUCUGAACUAUCACCGAGUUUUAGCCAAACAUGGCACAUUUCAAACUUCUUCAUGCAUGGCGACAGGCCACAUAACAGAAAAUUAUGGACACAAUUCUGAGGACGUAAAUAUGUUUUACAAAAACCAAAGCCCCUCAUCAGCUUCUUCCCCUGAAACUCACAAAGAAUCCACACUUCCUCAUUAUAUUGGAACUUCUGUAAUAAUAGCCAGUGGAAGGUAACAAUAAUUGAGCCUGUUAUUA